CUGAUUCAAAAGCCACAGGUCCCGUCAAAGCUCAGAAAGAAAGUAGAAAGUAGAUUCAGCUCGUGAGUUAGGAAAAGUAAUGAGUCACUCAUCAAAGACGGACUUUUCAAAAUCUUAACAAGGACGCAAAUACGGUGGAGUUUAAAAAGUUUUCCUCAGGAAGUUUCUUCUUGGUUUUAAUUGUUGGACAUGCCACCUCAAAUGGAUUACUUUUACCAAGAGUCAAGAGUCCCGUCUGUGUGCUUAGAGCAAGAGGACGUACUGGAGCAUACCAUCAGCUGUAUGCUGGUUGGAGAUGGUGCUGUUGGGAAAACUAGUAUGAUUGUCAGCUACACCACUAAUGGAUAUCCAACAGAUUACAAACAGACAGCUUUUGAUGUAUUCUCAGGACAAGUUCAGGUGGAUGGGACACCUGUGCGGAUUCAGCUGAUGGAUACUGCUGGACAGGAAGAAUUUGAUGAAUUCAGAUCAUUGUCUUACGCAAACACGGAUGUCUUCCUGCUCUGCUUCAGCGUGGUUAAUCCCACGUCAUUCCAGAACAUCACCAAAAAAUGGAUUCCCGAGAUUCGUGCGUGUAACCCGUCCUCUCCCAUCAUUUUGAUCGGAACACAAUCGGACCUUCUGUUGGACGUUAAUGUUCUGAUAGACCUGGACAGGUACAAGGUCAAGCCUGUGAUAGGUUCACGGGCACGGAGCCUUGCUGACAAGAUCAGGGCCGCCGAGUACGUGGAGUGCUCGGCCCUGACCCAAAAGAACCUAAAGGAAGCCUUUGAUGCAGCAAUAUUUGCAGCUAUUAAACACAAGGCCAGGAAAACCAAAAAAAUGAGAUUGUCGGACAGACGCGCCAAAGCUUUUUCCAAAUGUAGCUGGAAGAAGUUCUUCUGCUUCAUCUGACCCCGUGGGUCAAAAUUUGAACUGUUUACGUAAUGUCUUAAUUUAUUUUGGACCGACGUUUUCUUACUGAAGUGCUUGAUGGUUGAUUUAGUUUAUGGGUGGAGUUGUUUGCUCUGUAGGGAACUUCCGAAGAACAGAGUGUCAUUUGUGUGUUGCCUUAAACACUUUGGAUUAAGGAUGAUUUAAUGAAAUUCAUAUGCUGUAUAUGAAAAACAACUUGAUGAUUGACAGACCAAAGGCAAUGUUGGGGAAUUGUUUAAGAAAGCUACUCCCUUAGUCAUUUAUUGUUCACCAAAAGUACCCACCAUAUGUAAAUGAGAUGAAUUUGCAUGAGCUGGAUAGCUGCCUAUUCAAAGCUCUAUAGGAGCUCAUGUGGAGAUGUCUCUGAUGUUAGUGGAGACAAGACUGAGUAUCGGCCUUAUCUCCUUUGUCCUGGGUGCUACUCAGUCAGACAAACUCUUUUAUAUGCAACGGUCAACACUAAAAGCUGAUGUGCGAGUUGUCUCCAUCUUAAGUGAUUGUGGCCACAUAAAUGCAACAUCACGCUUGUGGUGACGCAGCUUGUUUAUCUGAUAAAUCUCAGCUGAGGAUUGUCUUGCAAAUUGGCGUGGUAAGAUAGGAUUAUUACGUUUGUGUGAAAAUGGUUUCCUGCAUCAGGGGGAAAUUUGCUAGGUCUGUUCCUGACUUCCAAAGUUGGUUUAAGCAUCGUGUGCAAAGUCAAACAUAUUUGUAAAGCAGGGAGAUGACACACACAGAUAAAAAGCCCGGCCCAUUUAGUUGAGUUAGGUUAUGCGUUUUUUUAAUCUUAAAUGGACAAUUAAUUGAUCUAUUACAGACAGUGUGUACUUAUCACAGAGUAAACAACGCUGUCUUUGUUAUAAAUGUGCUUCUUGUGGAAGAUAUCUUUUUUUUUAAUACUGUUUGUUUUUAACAGUUCUGCUUUAACAGUUUUAACUGUUCUGUUUUGAUGCCCCAGGCAAGAAGGAUGUAACGCUCCAUCAUUUUAUCUGUUUGUCUUCACUGUUUUUGUUUCGCCUUUCGAUCAAAUUCAAGCAGCACUUUUAUGCAGCAUCCCCUACAGUGUUUCUUUGCAUUUUCUUAAAAUACAUUUUAAAUGGCAAGAUAUUUGUAAUACUCUUUCAGCGCUGUUUUAUAAUGUAACGAUUGAUUGAAUUUAUCAUUUUAACCCACUGCUAAGUGUUAUAUGUAAAACUUGUUCAUUUACAUAAUCUUCUAUUGUUCCUUUUAUAUAUGAAAUAAAUGAACAAGAUUUUAAAAGAGA